UUUAUUGUGUUUGUGAGUUUGUUUACAUUUUUUAACUGCCAAACAACUAGCAAAAAUACAAAAAGGGAAUUUUCGUUUACAUGUCAGAAAUUACACACACACACACGCACACACACGCAAGCAUUUUGAAUAUACAACAUUUUUCUCUGUAAUUGGACUUUUGUGUGACAACAAGUCCCAAUCUGCCCUACUUUCUUUUCUUUAUUCACAAGCAUGAGCAACACUAAAAUCUAGACAGCUGAUGCUCCAUUUGUAUAAAAUCACUUUGUCGCAGUUGAUUCUUUAUCAAAUCGAUUUACCACGCCCUUACCAAGCACAAUUGGUAUGGAUGUGUCCACGGAGCCAAUCAGAAACCCCUGACUGACCCGUCCCGACAACAAACCACCAUGCUGUCCUGAGAUCCGGCAUAAGGUCCCCAGGGUUCAUCAUCUGUGCGCACGAGACCCCAUAAAACAACCUUCACUCAACAGGACAAAGCUAUGAAAGCAUGAAAAUGGAUGAAAAGGGCGAGAUGCGUUUUGACAAACUCUGCAACAUCUAACAUACUGAAACUAGCUUAAUUCCACAGAAUUCGGAAGACCUCAGAAAGGAGUUAUUAGCUGCCUACAAUGUGAGGAUGAAGUGAUUAUUGAUGAUGACGUUAUGAAAUAACCCCACAAACAAGUUGAGAGAAUGGCGUAUCACCACUUUAUACCGGCCAGUCAUACUGACCUCACUAUUAGUUCGAUGCUUGGACAGCAGCCCCAGUUUUUAUUCCCUGUUGGAUACGGGAAACAGCUUGGGAACGUGCUCCAUAACUCGGUUCGUCUGGGGCUCAAAGACGCCGCGUCUCCAGCGCACCUCUCUGUGGAGACCAGAAACCCUGGACCUGCACCUGAGGAUGACCCCGUGGUUCACCUGGAAGGCAAGGAUCUGUGGGGGCAGUUUCACAUAAGCGGCACGGAGAUGGUCAUAACAAAGUCUGGAAGGCGCAUGUUUCCAGCAUUCAAAGUGCGCUGCAGCGGCUUGGACGGGAAGGCGAGGUACAUCCUGCUGAUGGAUAUAGUCGCUGCUGAUGACUACAGAUACAAGUUUUACAACUCGCGCUGGAUGGUGGCUGGAAAGGCCGAUCCAGAAAUGCCCAAACGAAUGUACAUCCACCCGGACAGUCCUGCUACCGGAGAGCAAUGGAUGUCCAAAGCUGUGACUUUUCAUAAGCUCAAACUGACGAAUAAUAUAUCUGACAAACAUGGAUUUACCAUAUUAAACUCCAUGCACAAAUAUCAGCCAAGGUUUCAUAUCGUUCGAGCCAACGACAUCCUCAAACUUCCUUACAGCACAUUCAAAACCUAUGUGUUUCCUGAGACUGAGUUUAUCGCUGUGACAGCAUACCAAAACGAAAAGAUAACUCAGCUGAAAAUCGAUAAUAACCCAUUUGCGAAAGGAUUCCGAGAUACUGGAAAUGGGAGACGAGAGAAAAGGAAACAGAUGUUGCAUCAGAGGUGUGAUGUGGCACCAAAAAAAGCCAAUGUGCUCACAGACAACUCGUCUUGUGACCAAAAGUCAUCAAAUCCUUUAAUUCAAGAAACGAAUGUCGUUACAUCAACUUCAACAGAUACGAAUGAGAGUGACAUUGAUGGAUAUGGAGAUGAGAAAGAAAGCAAUGAAGAUAGAAAACAUUCAGUGUUUCAAGAAGAGCAAAAUUCCACAGAAAUCUCAACAACGGUACAAGAGGAGAUACAAGGAGAAAGGAACAUGAGGGUCAACAGCAAAGAAAAGCAUAGUAAUGAACAUUUAACCUUGGAUAGAAAACAUGCUGAACAGCACAAGUUUGCAGACAAUGUGACUGACGUUUCUCAGAAGGCUUCGCUCACUCGGCACUAUUGCAUCCCCACUCCUGGCCUAAUUAAUUCUCUGUGUGUGCCGCCACAUGUCUUGUCAAAUUUAUGCCAGUUUAAUUAUGUCGGAACUCUUCCGUUUUUGGCAUCUGAAACAACAGGUCCAUGGUUAUCUAGAAGGUCAAAUGAAGGGGAGGGUCAAGAUUACACCACUUCAGUCCCAUUCUCACAACAAAGAUUUACUGGCAUGCAGCAGCACAGAACAACCUCUCAAGGUGUGUUUGUCUCAGCGCAUGGAAAUGUCUUAUCUUUUCCAAAGAGUUACAUGACCACAUCUGCUGCCACAUCCUCUGCUGUAUCAUGCCAGGUUCAAGGCCCACCCUUGUUCAGUGCUAGCUACCGAUCCCGAUACAGACCCUACCCUUUUCCAAUGUGGGUGCAUGGCCGAAAAAUGCCACAAACCUCUGUUUUUGUACCAUAUGGUGAAACUGAUACAAAUGAGCAUGCUGGUAUUACAACUCCUGGAUCAGCAGCAGAGUGCAGAUCAAAACCUAAUGAGGAUCAAAACACACUGUGUCGGGAUCUCUAGAGAUGACUCAACAAGAACAACAACAAAUUCAGCUGUAAUGAUGUGCAUUGUGGUUCGGUUAAAUUCUAUGGUGAAGAUCUGGAUUAAAAAUUAAUAUAUACUAUUUAUUCUUUAGUCUUUAUCUGCUGUGUAAAUGUGUGAAAAUGUGUAAAAUACAUGAAGUUGCAGAGCAACCAUUAAAUAAAUUUAAUACCGUUUUUCUGUGUUUUUCUCCUUGUUUUUUUUUAAUCAAUGAAAGUAGACAUAUGACUAACAUACAUCUCACUUAAGCAUAUUUUAGGCUAUAGGCAAUAUAUGA